UCCUUCUGAAUGAACUUUGACAUCCCAGUUAAUGGUUUCUUUUAACAUUCAUUUCCCCGUCUUUUAGCUCUUGGAACCAUCCAACUUUGACUAUGCAAAAUUUCUGUCUUCUUGAGGUUGAUGUCAAUGGCCAAGAAAUAUUCUUGGUGGACAAGACUAUUCUUGCAUCUUUCUCAGAAAGAUUAAGAAAACUAUUCAGUAAGUUGACAGGGAAAACAAGAAGGCUGAAACUAAUUUUCAACAAAUUUCCAGGAGGUGCUGAGUGUUUUGAACUGAUUGUUAAGUUUUGCUAUAAUGGUGGUAGGAUAAAGAUAACUCCUUUUAACAUGUUUCAACUGCAUUGUGCUGCCAAUUACCUUGAAAUGAAUCAAGAAAUGCAGGGGAAACCAAAUUUGGUCGAACAAACGAUUUCUUUUUUUGAAAAGAUUCAUUACAUGACAUGGUCUGAGCUGAUUAUUGGCUUGAAAAAUUGCCAAGAAUUGAUCUUUUUCAUGCCAUCUUCAUCUUUACUUCAAGAGUUCUUGGAUUGUGUGGUAGGAAGGCUUGAACUACAUUACAUUUCUAGCCCAUGUGCAUCUUCUACCGACAAUUCGUCCAUGCAGUUUUCAGGUGACAUUAGUACAGAAAGCAGGGGAAUUUACACUUCUCAAGCAACCUGGUGGUUUACAGAUCUUGGAUUCUUGAACCUUAAUAUGUUCAAGAAGAUUAUAGGCACAAUGAUUUCUAAGAAAUUGGAUCAUCAUGUUAUCUCUUCAUUCCUAUUUUAUUACAAAAGAAUGAAAUGUCCAAAUGCUUCAUCAGUUCAGAAAUGCAGAAUCAUUGAGACAGUAAUUAAAUUCCUUUAUUCUCUUGAUAGCAGCUUCAUGUCUAUCAGAGGUCUAUUUGACAUUCUUCAGGCAUCAGUGACCUUAAAAAUGAGCAAAUGUUCAGUAGGAAAAUUAGAACAUUUAAUUGGCUCCCAGUUAGAUAGAGCUAAACUGGAUGAUUUGCUUGUUCCUUCUCCAGCUGGUAAAAAAAUUGCUUACAAUAUCAAUCUAAUUCUGAGGUUGCUGGACAUAUUCCUCUCCAGUAGCCGCGAAAAAUUAUUGAUGUACCAAGUGAAGAAAGUUGUUGAGUUAAUUGAUCUCUAUAUCAUGGAAGUGGCACCUGAUCCUUGUCUUAAACCUUCAAACUUCUUGGCAUUGGUCAUGGCUAUGCCGGAUAUUGCAAGAGAAUCCUAUGACAAAAUUUAUACUGCAAUGGAUAUGUACCUCAAGGUACAUAUUAAUGGUUUAUGUGAAGAAGAAAAGAUAAAGAUAUGUUGUGUGCUGAACUAUGAGAAGCUCUCUGAAGAAACUCUGAAGGAAGUAGCUCAAAAUGAAAGCUUUCCAACUUGUGCAUUAGUCACUCUGCAGAACAGGCUCAGAUAUUCAGUCACAAGGACUUCAAAUUUUUCUUAAAUACUUGGUGAUCAUAUGAAUCAAUGUAGUCUUUGAAAAGCAAGCAGUGCAAUGUAUAUAUUAGUCUUUAAAGAGCAAUAUAUGUAAGGUGU